ACAUUUGCGUCAUUCGUGUCGGUGAACUCCGGCAAUAACACACCAGUUGGACUGUGAGCACGUCAAGCAAUCAAAAAUCUGAACGAAAACCGGGUUUCACUUCUGUGUGAAACAUGAUUCGGCGUUUUGACAUUGUUUGGUGUUUAUUUCUUUUGCCUGUCCAACACCUAAUUAAGACUUAACGUACAUAUUAUCUAUGUUCCAGUUUAUCCACCAUAGAUAAUAAACUUAUGUAUCCACAACAAUUGCACAUUGGUUCACAAUUUAAAAUAUUAAUUUACAAUUUCCUCUAACGAAAACCCUUUUUUUUAUCAGAAAUUUUAAUGAUGAAAGUCUGUAGAGCAUGUUUGUCAGAUAAAUCUUUAUACCCUCUAGAAGAAGAAAUUGUCACCGAAUAUAAUAAGCUCACAAAUCUUAAUAUUAAAAUAUCGGAUGGAAUGCCACAGUUCAUUUGUAAAAAAUGUAAAGAAACCAUAAACGAAUUUGUAAAAUUCAGAGACAAGUCCCAUUCAUCUGAAACUACUCUUCGUGAAAAUAUAACGCCAGUUAAAUUAGAAACACAAAUUGAUUUAAAAACUGAAGUUAAAACUGAUGAAGAAGAUGAAGAUGCUAAUGAUUUUCAAACAGCAUUAGAUAUUGAUAUAAUUGGUGAUAUAAGUGAAACAAAAAACCUUUUAGUUGAAAAAGAUCUUAUCCAUAAUUUAAGAAAAGAAAAACAAUCAAAUAAAAAAUCUCGAGCUAACCAAAUUGGAAUUAAAAAUAAACAUUGUAAAAUAAAAAAUGAGGAAAUAAAUAGAUCAUUACAGUGUGGUAUUUGUACACAAUACUUCAGCUCCAACAUAUUGUUAAGUUCUCACAUAGAGACACACAAGAACAGUAGAAAUUGUGAAUUAUGUGAUAGGAAAUGUAGUAACUGGGCACAGCUUUUAGCUCACAGGAUGGAACACUUACCAAAUAAUCAACAGCGCUGUCACAUAUGUUCCAUGUAUUGGUGGCGGAAUUCAAAUAUGGAGCUUCAUUAUAAAAUAUAUCAUUUCCAUCAGGGACCAGGUUGGAAAUGUGAGCAAUGCUUGAAACAAUUUGAGAAACCAAAGAAACUAUAUCGACACAUGAACGUUAUACACGGUGAAAUUAAGUUCUUCUGUGAUUAUUGCUCUAAAGGAUUCCGUUCUAAAACAAGUAUAGCGGUACACAUACUAAAGCAUGAAACGCAGAAACACUUGUCGUGCGACUUGUGUGAUUAUAAAACCAAAUACCAUGCGGGACUACUAAAUCACAAGAUCAGAUACCAUACAAUGAGCAAAGUUAACUGUAAAACUUGCGAGAGAAUAUUUAAGGAUCAAGAGAGCUGUGACAAACAUAAGUGUGAUAAAGCAACGACUGUUUGUCAUGUUUGCGGUAUCGAAGAAACCAAUAGAAAGUUACUAAAACACAUGAAGAAACACAAUCCAGAAUCAAUAUAUAAAUGUCACAGGUGUCCGGCUGAGUUCAGAACGUCGAAUGGAUUGAAAGUGCACAUCAACCGACACGAGAACAAUAAGACGAAACACUGUGAAUAUUGUCCGGCUAAGUUUUAUAGUGCCAGCGUACUGAUCAAACAUCGACGAACACAUACAGGUGAAAGACCGUACGUUUGUAAAGUUUGUAGCAAAGCUUUCACCGGGAAUCAUAAUUUAAAGCUCCACAUGAGGGUGCACGGCGAAUUCCUCAUCAAAAAGAAAAACAAAGAUGCUGAUGUUGCCAUAGUUUAGCAAACGUCGACGUUACUAAAAGUUCAAGAAUAUAAACACAUAAUAUAAUGUAAUGAAUUAUUUAUAGAAACCUAAAAAUAUUUUCGGAAAUAAAAGUGUUCUUUUUUUGACAAAA